AUGGCGGGUGCAUCAGUGCCAACCAGCAUCCGUGGAAAUAUGACACUGCAUUAUCAGAAAAGUGCACUGGUCAACGUAACCUCGCCCUUUCUCCUUACAGAUGCCAUGACAGACUGGUCUCCUUUGCAUGAAGCUGCAGUCCAUGGACACCUGCUUUCACUUAGGAACCUACUCAGCCAGGGCUGGCCAGUGAACCUCCUUACUGAGGAGCAGUCAUCACCACUGCAUGAAGCCUGCCUCGGCGGCCACUUCUUGUGUACCAACGUGUUAUUACAGCAUGGCGCUCAAGUGAAUGGCUUUACUACCAACUGGCACACUCCCUUGUUCAAUGCUUGUGUUAGUGGCAGCCAGGAAUGUGUAAAUUUGCUUCUGCAGCACGGAGCCACCCUGGACAAUGUAAAUGACCUGGCUUCACCCAUUCAUGAAGCUGCUAAACGAGGCCAUGUGGAUUGUAUAGAGACUCUUGCAUCACAUGGUGGCAACAUUGAUUAUAACAUCAGACACCUGGGCACUCCAUUGUACGUGGCUUGUGAAAACCAGCAGAUAGCUUGUGUCAAGAAGCUUCUGGAAUCAGGGGCAAAUGUGAAUGAUGGCAAAGGGCUUGAUUCCCCUCUUCACAUGGCGGCCAGGACCUGUAACAAGGAGUUGAUUCUCAUGCUCUUGGACUUCGGAGCUGACAUCUAUGCGAAGAAUGCCGAGGGCAAGUGCCCUGUGGAGCUGGUCGCCCCAGAAAGCAGUAUUGCCCAGCUCCUGCAGAGAGAAGGGCCGCCCUCGUUGAUGCAGCUGUGCCGUCUGAAGAUCCGAAAAUGCUUUGGGAUCAAGCAGCAUCAUAAGAUCACGGAAUUGCUCAUCCCGGAGGAGCUGAAACACUUUCUCCUCUACACCGAUGACAGCGGAAGAGGCAGAAGAAGCGGCCGAGUGCGCGGCACCAACAGGCUGCCAAGAGCCGCGCGCGCUUCCGCCACUGGAACGCCCCAAUAA